UCGCAAUUAGAAGUGGACCGCCACUUCGAGAGAAUCGAAAAGCAGCUCCAAGAAUUGCAAGGCAAUCUGCAAAAACGUCCUAUGUCUCCAAAACGCCCUAUUUCUCCCAAAUCCCAAGUACCUUCUCGUGCUCCGAGUCAACGCACAACACAACAAAGUCCUCGACAUGUCGACCUCUUAGAAGCUGUUGCUUCCUCGCAGCGGCAGCAAGCACAGCAACCGGGCCAAACAUCACCGCUGUCCCCGUAUAACGAAGAUGUCGCGGAACGGAACAUGACGCGGUUUCUGCAACAACAACAACAACAACAAAAACCUCGCAAACGAAGCAUCUACUCCCGUUUUAGGUCGGUUCUAUCUCAGGACGAUGUGACGGACAGGAGUGGUGGAAAAAACAAAGACGAUUUCCGUCCUCGGUCUCGAGCCACAAGCAUGCGAUUUCGGAAUGUUUCGGGUGGCUCUGCCAAAACCAACGCAAAGGGCCACAAGCGUGCCAGCAGUGGUCGUUCGGAUAUUGGACCGAAGGAGAACAAGACGGCAAAUCCGGGCGCACAGGAAGCUUCCCAGCCUGUCACAUCCCCGAGGGAAACCCAGACACGUGACAGACCUCGUCUGCGGACGCAGAGAUCAGCACCGAAUUUGUCAGCUGAACAGCCCGGAUCAUCGCCGAAGGGACCUGCUCCUAGCCCUGGUGGACACCUGAGCGUUCCUCCAGCUCAUAAGCAAGGUGAUAGCUGGAGCAACACACCCAUCCCAGACAGCCCAACACUGCCGACCCCAGCGAAAAGCGUGAAGGAACCGAGUCCGGACCGGGGAACACCAUCCACGGCGGACCGGCGUCCAUCAUCGACAUCCCGCAACUAUUCCCUGCCAGCCGGCCCUACUCCUUCGCGAAAGAACACCCUGAAUCUCUCGAUUGACACCGAUUUGGCCACUCGCGGGAGACAGGGCAAAGCCUCGCACCGGGCCAUCCAACCACCAACCCCCAGCAGCAACGAUAUGAAAUGCAACCCUAGCAUUGCUGAGGUCAUGAACAGCCCUCUGCCAUCAGCUACACCUACCUCUAUGUCUCCUCUCCCCUCUGCAAACCCAAAGGUCGCGGAGAUUAUGGACAUGUUUAGACAAGCAUACACCUCCACCAAAGCCAUCAGCCCCCACCCUACUUUCGAGACAUUGCAGGAUGCAAUAGUUCGCGAGAUCAACUCCCACGAAGCCUUUCAGCGCGUACCUGUUCCCGAGCAGGGACCAGCUUUCACUCCCUCCCCAAGACGGGAAUCGUUCGACAGAGUGCCCAAGCCUCCUAAGACUGCUGCUUCCGGAAAGGACAGCCAAUUCUCUAAAUUCAAACCGGCUUCCUUCAUAAAGCACCGCAGAAGCUCCGACGCGCGCACCAGCAUUUCCACGAGCGUUCCUUCGAAGGUCCUGGGCCGGGUUUCUACAUCUGGCAGCCGACGCAGACACACAGACGCUCCCCCACCAUCUCCUUCCCUCCUCGACACACCAGACCUACCCCAGGAACUCAGCAACGAAAUGCCUCCGGCUUACACAGACAUCCCUCUCCGAUUCUCCAUCUCCAAGAGCCUCGCUCCCUCCCAAUCGGCGAACACGCUCUCUUCACACGGAUCAUCAUCCAACACAGCGCCUUCGGUCUACUGCCUCCGUGCACAAACAUCCGCAUCCUCCAGCGAGGACCGGAACAGUUACUUCUCCGACGAUGGCGAUGACGAUGUUCUUCAUCUUCCUAGUCCUGGUUUCGCGGAGCCUCGCAUGCAGAACUAUGGCGCCAAUGCGUACAGACUGCCCACUCGGAAUGUCAUCUCUCCCUGCUCGUCUAACAGUGGAUACUGGGCUCGCGAGAUGCGUUCCGUGGAGACUUAUUGAUUUAUGAACUGGAUAGAAACGGUUCGAUUUUGAUUUCUCAUGUUUUUAUACAUGCGAACACACACUCUCUAUCUCGCGUCUUCUUUUUAUGUUUUACAUAUGCAUACAAGCGCUCCUUGCUUCUUUCCUUUUGCAUCUAUACACGGACUUCAUUCCUUUUUCCUUUACGUCUCUGCACUACAUUGCAUAUCAUGCUACUUUACUUUUCCUAUAUUGUCUCAGAACCACCGUCGUCAAUCAUCCACGAGAUUUACUCUCCUUUUCCUUUCAAAUUGUUUUCAUCCUGUCAUUUAGCGAGUCAUCGUUUCUAUCUUGUAUAUAUACUUGCACAUCUGGCUACCCAUCCCAGUGUGAUCAUCAAAACUACAAGAAUAAAAAUUUACAAUCAUUAUACUUAAGAAAGUUGGUUAC